CACCCAUCUCCCUGCUCCGCCUCAUCGCCCCGGACACCCACCUGCCACUCGUGACCCUUCCUUCUCGCCGCGGCACCAUGUCUUCCGCCGGCGUGCUGCCGCCUGCACCCGCCCGCACCACGUACGGCCGCGCCCGCCCGGCGCCCGAGGCCUCGCCCAGCGCGCCGUCGUCGCCGCCUCUGCGUGCCGUGCUGAGCGACUUUGACAGCGACGGCGAGCGCGCCGAGUCGAGCUGCCCCACGGCGCUCUCGCCCGGCAGUGACCACCAGCCGGCGCCCAAGGCGCCUGCCGCUGCACCGCGGCUGCACCUCGAGGAGGCCGCCGACGACGACGAGGAAGACCCCGACGCAUUCCUCGCUCGCUUCCGCGCCAAGCGCCUCGCUGCGGCCGGCGCUGCACCGUCGUCGUCAGGCGACGCACGGCCCGGCCUCUCGUCGGACCUCAGCAGCGUGCCACCGUCGUCGAACGCGCCGCACGAUGUGGUGGCGACUCGCGCCAGCCCAGGCUCCACGUCGCGCGCCGCAGCUCGCCCGCUGCGCAAGGGCGGCGUCGCGGGCCGCAUGCGCAGCCGAGCCGGCCAGCCGGCAGCGCUGCGGGUGUCGCCGUCGGACGUGUCGAGCGAGGAAGACGCCAGCGACGGCUCGUACUCCUCACCGCGCAAGCAGGGCAAGGCGAGACGAGCGAAAAAGGCUGUUGGCAGCGCCGCGCCGUCCGGCUCCGAGGAUGACGAUCCCGUGUCGGACGGCAGCGAUGGCGGCGCGCAUCCCUCACCGCUGCUAGCUCAGAAGCUGCAGCGCGAAGACGAGGCUGCACAGCAGCGGCGCGCCAAGCUGCUGCACAUGGCAGCCCAGGCUCGCGCAAAGCAGGGCCACGCCGAUGCCGACGCGGGGCACGAGAGCGCGGGCGACGUGUCCAGCAGCUCCGACGUGCAGAUCGACGAUGAGCGCGACCCGCUGGACGAUGUGCUUUCUGUGCUCGAGCGCAAGAAGCUGCCCGGCAAGUCUGCCAAGGCAGCACGGAGCAAGGAGCGCCGGCCGGCACACGCUGACCACAAGCGCGCCGGCGGCUCGCACCUCGCGCUUACGUCCAAGGUCAAGGCGCCCAAGCCCCUCUCGAAGCAGCAAAAGGAAGAGAUGCACCGCAUGACGGCGCGGCUGGAGCGCGACCAAAAGACCAAGGCCGUCAAGGCCCAGCCCGUCGCCGAGCGCAAGACGUACGGCAUCUCCGACCUGCUGACGCGCAUCGGCGGCCAGGACAGUCUGCGGCCUCCAGCCAUCGCUCGCCCUCGGCCGGCGCCCGUCUCAGACCCCAUCGAGGCCGAUGCACCGUCGUCCUCGCUCCGAGCCGCGCCGCAAGUGUCGCACCCCGAGGCGCAUGCUCGCGCUGCCGAUCGACGCGACACCCUGGCCGGCAGAGAUUUCGGACAGGCCAGUCGCAUCUCGCCCGCCCUGCAGAGCCCGGCCACGUCAGACGACGAGCUGCCCGACGCUGCCGACAUCUUCAGCGCUGCCGUCGCUGCCAAGGCCAAGCGCGAGCGCGCCAGCAACCUGCAGCUCAUUAAGCAGAGGGCCCUCGAGGCUGCACAGCGGCGCAGCGAGAAGGGCAAGGCGUCCACUCGCCGCUCCGCGCUCAGCGACGACAGCGACCUGGAGAUCGAGCGCGAUCUCAGCCCUGCGCCUGCUGCUGCCCGCACGCCCGCGGCGAUGCUCGCGCGCAGCCGGGCCUCGGAUGCGCGUGCGAACCACCGCGGCUCGCCCGGCGCACCCAGCAGCGACCCGCCUGGCUCGGACGACUGGGUCACCGACUCGCAGCUGCGCGCCGCGGGCCGCACCUUCGGCGCCGCCGCGGCGCUUGCUGCUGGCCACGCUUCGCCGGUUUCUGCACACCGCCGGGCGCGCGCCCACGAGCAGGGCAGACAGGUCGACGGUGUGCCCGAGUCGAUCGAGGGCUCCGAGGCGCCUCGCGCCGUCACGUCGCGCCGCAGCAAUCCGCCGCUGGCCGUGACGCAGCACCAGCUCAACGAGACGAUGCUCCGACGCGCGCAGCAGCAGAACCUGCGGUCCCGCACGGCCAAGGAAGCGACGUCGAAGGGCGCAACGCAGCCGCAGAAGGUCGAGAAGGGCGUGGAGUCAGCGCCGGUCUCGUACGCGGAGCAGGUGCGGCGCAUGCUCGAGCGCUCCAGUGCCCGCAAGCAGCUCGUCGAGGAGCAGCAGUCGGGCGUCGCGGCAGCCGACGACGACGAUGACGACGAUCCGGACUGGGACGAAAGCGCCGAUAUGGUGGUCGACGACGUCGUGCUGCUGGGCAGCGGCAGCGAGGCAGAGGCAGUCGAGAGUGCCGACGGUGACGCGAGCGAUGCGAGCGAGGAUGUCGACGUUCGACGCAGCGCAGCCAUCGUCGCGGCCGACAGCGAAGAGGAGGACAGCGACAAGGAGAACUCGCAGCCCACCAGCAGUCAGCCCUGCGCCCCGCUGCGUUCCGCCGACGACGACGAGGACGAGACAGUCUUCGCGCCCCUGCCUCGUGGCCGCGGCACGCGCCUCGUCCUGUCCGACGACGAGGCCGAUGCAGAAAGCUCCGUCUCUACUGUGCGCACGCCAUUCGCUGCACUGCCCGCGGACAGCCCUGGCCGCGGGCGCAAGAGCGCCAGCAGCGCGGACGCCAUCACGAUGGCCCCGAGCGCCAACUUCGAGGGCGGCAUGACGCAGUGGUUCCAGCCCACCGCCGCAGCACAGCCGCAUGCCGCAUCGUCCGCGCCUCGACAGGCCAGCGUCUCGCCUAACAUCUCGCGUGCCGGCAGCUUCGUGCUCGGCGGCGGCGGCUUCACGCAGCUCUUUCAGCCUACCGCUGCGCCCGCAGUCCGUCGACCGUCCUCACCGUCGCCGCAGGGCGCGUCAAGCCUGCUGGCACCGAGUGCCGGUGCCGCAUCCAACGCGAGCGUCUUCGGCCAAUUUUUCGAGUCGACGCAGGUCGGUGCGCCGCCGCGCGGCGAGAGCCUGGACAUCAUCGGACGUCUGCAGGUCGAGUCACAGAGCAUGCCGCCGCCGACGACGACCGGCGAUGCCUUUGCCGCACUGCGCCGCGCCCAGGCCGACGAGGCCGCAGCGCCGACCGCAUCUGCGCUGCCGUCGCUCAGCUACUCCGAGUCUGACGCGGCGCACUUGGACGCGCAGGCCGAGCGUGCACGCGCAGAGCAGCAACUGGCCGCCAACAAGGCGCCCAUGCAGUACAUCAACCGCCACGGCUUCUUCACGCAGACGCGUCCCGGCGACGACGACAGCGGACAGAGCCAGAGCCAGUCUCAGUCGCAGAGCCAGGCCGCGCUCUGGGACGCGACGCAGGCGCCCGAGGGCUCGCGUCUGUCCGCCCCCGAGAGCGCUGCAGCCGGAGCUUCUGGCGAGUCCAUCCAGGACCAGUCUUCCGCCGCCGGGCCCGCCGUCAGCGCUCCCAGCCGCAAGCGCUUCCGCCGUGCCCGCCAGGAGUCGGAUGACGAUGAAGAGCCAGCGACGCGGCCGUCGGGCUCGGGUUCUGCCCGUGCUUCGCGCUCACCGUCGGCGCGUGCGGCGCAGAGCCCGCAGGCAGACGAGCUCGGCUCGGACGAGGAGGCUGAAGAUCUCGACGAGGAAGAAGAAGACCUCCAGCUGGGUUCGCAGGACAGCUUGCCGAAGGACGCCUUCACAGUCUUGCGCGAGGCGGCAUCGCGCCGCUCGGCAGGCCCGGAGACGAAGAAGCGCACCAACGCCUUCGUCGAGGGUGAAGCCGAAGAGUCGGACGAGGACAACGAGGGACGCGUCAGGCGCGGAAACGGUGGCCUGCAGGGCAUCUUCAGCGACGACGGCGAGUCGGGCAACGAAGAUGACGAGGACGAGGAGGACGACGGCAAGGACCUCGAGGGGCUCAUGAACGACGAGAAGGAGGAAGACGAGGCACUCAAGGACCGGCUCGCUCUCGCGCGCUACCAGGAAGACAUCGACAAGGACGACGCCGCGGCCCUGGCGCUGCACGAGAAGGCUGUGCGCGGAGGGCUGCGCACCGGCCGUCGCGGACGUGCACGCGACGCCGGCGACCUCGGUGACGUGCUCGACGACGACUGGGACGAGGAAGAUCUGCUCCGCCGCGCGCAGGGCCUGCGCGCCCCGCUGGCCAAGAAGCGCAAGCUUGAGGGCACCGACGGCAUGGACCUGCUCGCCCAAAGCGAGGAGUCGCAGGCUUUUGUGCGCACAUACGUGGAGACGCACCGCAACGAGGACGAGCUGGACCAGUACGCCUUCCUGGCGGGCGGCGAGGAGGAGGCCAGCGAGGACGAGGAGGUCCGCACGCGUGCGCCGCGCCACGACAGCGACGAAGCCUCGGACAACGACGACUUGGACGACGAUGGGCCGCAACGCGAGCGCAUCACGCAUCGCGACCUCGUCCGGCAGAUCCGGGAGCAGCGCCGGAAGCGCAAGUCGGGCGCCGUGCUCGACGAGGACGACGAGGCGGCGCUGGCUGCACAGCAGGCCGAAGCCGAGGCGCAGCGCCGCGCCGACCCCUUCUACGACAGCGACGAGGAGAUGAGCAGCCUGCACGCGCCUGUCAUCAACGACCGUCUUGCUGCGAAGGCACGGUCGAUGCGCGACGGCCCCUCUGACGGCAGUCGCAUGGCCUUUGAGCGGCGCGGCCCUGGCGCCGGCGGCGACGACGACGAGGAAGAGUCGCAGUCCGCCAUGUCCAUGCUGCUGCAGCGCGGGCCGCGGCGAGGCACGCAGACGGAGCAGGAACGCAUGCGCCGCCUGCAAUCCGAGUGGAAGGAGGAGCCUGCCUGGGACCAGGCGCGCGGCAGCGCCGGUGCGCGCCGCGGCGCCGGCGGUGCCAGCUCGAGCGUCACCAGCUUUGGCUCUCGGCCCGCUGCCCGCAGCGGCGAGUCCAAGCGGGCCGCCUCGACACUCGCGCCGGCCCGGGGUGCGCUCGCUCGCGCCCACAUGCGCAAGAGCGACAGCGAGAGCCUGCUCGCGGGCCUCGACAUCGUCAUGAAGCGCAGCGGGCGUGUCGAGGAGUCGCAGUGACUGGCUGCGCCCCUCCACCCCUCUUCUGUUCCCUAGCUCACAACAUGUACACUUAUUCUCCCUGCAUUCCUGCAAUACCUACAGCAUCUCGAG